AUGGUGGAGGAAGCUGGAAGUGUAGACCAACCGGAAGACAUAUCUCUCCGGUACACCACGGGCUACAACUUCAAGCGGUGGCACCUCCCCAAGCACAACCUAACCCUAGCCACCUUCUGGGCCCCCUUCUUGGUCCGCACCACCGACGCCCGCGGCGGCCAGACCCUCGACGGCAUCCUCACUCUCCACCUGGACGAGCCCCACCCUUCUUGGUCUGCUGAGAUCGGCGCCUUUGACUAUGUCAUUGUCUUGGCGGGCCAAUGGUUCUUCCGCCCGCUGGUCUACUACCGGAGCGGGCAGCUCCUGGGCUGUUCAGCAUGUGGGCAAGACAACGUGACCGAGGUGUCGAGGUUCCAGGCAUAUCGAGCGGCGCUACGCACCACGCUAAGAGCUAUCACGGGAAGGAACGGCCGCAAGGGCGGCGGCGGCGGCACCACGUUCCUGAGGACGUUCUUGCUGGCACACUUCGAGCAUGGGGACUGGACCGACGGGGAGAGCUGCCCAAGGACACGGCCGUUCGGGAGCGACGAGAAGAAGCUGGAGGGCUACGGCCUGGAGUUCUACGUGGCGCAGGUGGAGGAGUUCCUGGAAGCGGAGAGGCAGGCGAGGGCGGAUGGGUCAAAGAUCCGGCUGCUCGACACAACGCGGGCGAUGCUGCUCCGGCCCGACGGGCAUCCGAACCGACAGUGCAACUGGCCCAAGAGCAAGGUGGGCCGGGCCGAUUGUGUGCACCGGUGCUUGCCCGGCCCGAUCAAUACGUGGAACGAGCUCUUGUUUUAUGUGAUGAAGUCGGACAGAGGUGGGAAGUUCGCUCAAAGAAAGCUACAGAACUUGCGCAGCUGA